AUAUCUUGAGCUUGGUGAUUGCUCAAUUAGUAAUGAAGCUAUUGAGAAGAUAACCAGCAACUAUACUAAUUUGAAAUAUCUUAGUUUGAAAAGGUGUAGAAGGAUUAGUAAUAAAGUGCUGAAAAAACUCAAUCCAAAAAUUAAAAUCGAAUGUCCAGAUUAUUCUGAUGAUGAAUUCUCUGAUUCUGAUUUACCUUCACUUAUUCCAAUUUUUACUAGUAGACAAAAUAGAAUAGCUAUAACUAGGUCCUUUAGAGACUACUAUUUGAGUUAUACAUCAGAUGAAACAGAUCUUAUUUCUGCAAUUGUUAAUUAUCUCAGAGAGAAUUCUCCAACGCAAGAAAAUUCCAAUUAUGGAAUACAUGAUCCUGUUGAGAAUCUCUAUGGGGAUGUAAUAGGUGAAAUAAAAUGUUUAAAUUUGCAAUUUUGCUAUAAAGGAAAGUGGCAAAGUUUAGAUGGUACUGAAAUGCAUGAAGCAAAAAUAAGCUUUGGAUAUUCUCCCAAAACCUAUAUCUGCCAUGCUAAAAUUGUAAUCGAUGGUAUGAGUAUUCCAUUAAUUGAAGAAAAUAGUAAUAAAACUAGCUCUAGUAAAAAUAACUUAUCUCAUUCUGAAACAAAAAUCAAUAAACCUGAUCUAAAUUUAGAAAAGUUUAUAGAUAUGUUUAAGAAAUUAUCUAUAGAGACUAAUUUAUCUAGUUCUGAUUCAGAAUCCAUGGGUUCAGACUGGUAUGAUCUUGAUCUAAAAAAACCCUGA